AUGUCUGUCGCGGCGAGUGGUGCCAAGGUGUUUGUACACCUUACAAGCUGUGUAACUGUGUUUGGUCUCUUGGUUUGGAUGUCAAUCUUGCUCUGCCACAUCGCGUUCCGUAGAGCUCAGUCUGUUCAGGGAGUUGAUCCUGUCUAUAUCGCUUACAGAGCACCGUUCAGCUCAGUAGGCUCAUACAUUUCAUCAGAUUUCCUUCCUGUGCUCCUCAUCACUAUAGGAGCCGAGGUCUUUGUUGGUGAUCAAUUCAACUACCAGACAUUUAUCUUGGAACAAAUCGGCAUCUCAGUUUACUUGGCCCUUUACUUGGGCUACAAGUUCGCUGCUAAGACAUCAUACGCUCGAGCAGUAGAUGUUGACCUUAUUACGGGCGUCCCCGCGAUUACAAUCGCAGAAGAAAAGGCCAGGUAUGAAGCUUCCCAGAAAGAGAAGGAGGAGACGAAUCCUCACACCUACUGGGCCCGCAAGUUGUAUAGGCUCGUUCCAUGGUUAUUCUGA